AAUGCACACCAACAACCACGUGAGCUAAAUUGCAAGAUGGAGAGAAGAAGUGGCAGAAAAAGACAUUCUACAGACUCCUCUGUUGAUGAUCUGCAAACAAAAAAGCGAAAGAAGUCCUCCAAGCGUGAUCAGUCAACAAUGCACGAUACUCUAGUUUCCCCGCCCACAUACUCACCCCUGCCCACUCACUCGUCCCCCUCCAAGAGGAAGAAAUCCUCCGCCCCUGUCAUUACCAAGCCCCCUCCUCCCCCCAGUGCUAGUGCCAACGGUGGAGGUUCUGCGAAGGCAGGAAAGAAAAAAAAGAAGAAGGUCAAGGAGGAGGAGGAAGUUAUUGAGGAACCUGUGGAGCAAGCCGCUGCUGAAGUACAGACGGAAGUACAGACCAAACCGAAGAGAAAAGGGAAAGCUUUCUACCUAAAACCUGCUAACGGAUCUUGGAGCAAGCAUGUUGGGUCGCUGGUCAUGUACCGUGCCGUGAGCCAGGCUCUGAUGAUGGAGACUGACCCGCGGGAGAACGAGGCAACUGUCAACUGGAACAUGAUGUCUGCCGGGUUCAUAUCAGCCAAAGAUCUAGAGCUCAUCUGGUGUCUCAUUAAAAAAGAGUUUCCCGGGAAGUCCCUGACGGCCAUACGAGAUGAGCUCAAGCCGUACACUGCCAUAACCACAGCGGAGGUCAACAGAGCUGGUGUCAGGGAACAGUUCAAGAGUGAGUUCCCCAAGGCCCCUCCCACUCCCUACAUGUUGUUUGUGCGCAUCAAGACGGCCGCUAUGAGAGCCAAACACCCUGGCAUAAAGAUGAUGGAAAUAGCCAAGAAAUUAGGUGCCAAGUGGCAGUCCAUUGGCACAGAGAAACAAGACAAGUAUCGACAGCAGUACCAAGACCUCAAGGUUGAGUAUAAAGCCAAGCUCGCUGACUUCUACAGCCACCAUCCGGACGCUAAAGUCCCCACGAGGAUGCGUAGUAAGGCCAAGGAUGACGAUAGCUUGACCCCUGAAGAGAAACGAAUCAAAGAGCUGAAGGCCUUCCUCCCCAAGCCACCUCCCUCUGCCUACAUGCUCUUCUGCAAGGCCAAAAGAUCAAAGGUCCAGAAACAGCAUCCUGAACUAAAUUCCAAACAAAUAACUCUCAAGCUUUCAAUGAAGUGGAAAGAUAUGAUCUCAACACAACAGGCAAAGUACAAAGAAAGCUAUGACAAUGAGAAGAGACGCCACAAGGAGCAAAUGAAGAUCUUUCACGAAACCUACCCAGAUGCCAAAGACCUACUCUCCAAGGGCAAGAAGAGCAAGUCUGAGGACACCUCCACUCAGACCAGCAUGGUCGCCACUCCUGGUAGACCUCUCCACGUGAUAAACGAAGAGACAGACUAUGACACAUCAUCAUCAGAGGGGGAGGAGGAGAGUGAGGGGGGCGUGGCACAAGGGGGUGUGGUAGUACCUAGCGAGAGUGAGAAGUCUGACACUGAACAAUUGUCAGAUGAGCACUCCCCCGUACCCAAGUCUGCUGUUGCUAUAUUCAACUCUAAAUCACGUGACAAGUCACCUGACUCUAUUCUGACAUCAGAUGACUCGUCAGAUUCUGACCAAUGAACUUAUACAGCAUUUAUAAUUAUAUUGAUUUGUUUGUUGAUAUUCGUUUCGUUACAUACAUGUGUAUGUAAGUAUUGUGUUUUGAGUGUCAAUUUCAUACAUGAACUUGUUUGGCAGCUUUUAA